AUGGCUGAAAACAUGGAUGACACAACGCUCUAUGUACUCCACAUUUCAGAGAUAUUCAUUGGUGUGAUCUGCAUUAUAGGAAAUGCCUUGGUUUGUCAUAUCAUCGUCAAAGUAAAAUCCAUGAAGACGUCAAUGAGUUACAUCAUACUAAACCUUGCCAUACUUGACGCCAUGACUGGUUUCUUUGCAAUAUUCUAUGCUAUUACAAAUGACAAUAAAGGCGUCCUCGGUCCACCGGUGCUCCAACAGGCAUAUAAUCAGAGCAACAUUUUAGCUGAAGUACUUUGUAGAAUUGAAAGUGCUUAUUGGUUUGGCGGAGUUAUUUCACCUUUAUUAUUAACCGUAAUGGCAUUCGAAMGAUACAAAGCCAUAGUCCAUCCCCUUUCCGCAUUUGAUGGAGGAACCAAAGCUAGGCUAAAAUGGAUUUUACCUUUUUCUUGGUUGUCAGGAUUUAUAUUUUAUGUCGUUGACAUAGUUGAYGCUCAGUACGACAGCAAAGAGGGUAUUUGCACUGAGAGACAUUACCCAUGGCUAAACCGAAAGGCCUACUUUGUGGUGUAUACCAUUGGGAUGCAUGUAAUCCCUUCAAUUGCUAUGAUUAUCUUCUAUAGUCGUGCAAUUAUCGCCUUAAGAAGACCUGACCAAGUACUUGCAAGUCAACUAGAAGCUCACAGGGCCCGCAUAAAAGUCCGAAAAAGAGUUUUAAAAGUAGCCAUUAUAGUGACUUGUAUAUUUUAUAUGUUCUGUGGAGUUCCACACACUAUUUAUGGUUUUGACGAGAUUUUUGGAUUUUUUGUAGGUUCUUCAGUGAGGUAUGAUUUGUUGCGCCGAUGUAUUGCUUUGUCGGUUUCUUUGAAUUCUGCAGUCAAUCCUUUCAUAUACUUUUUCCUCAUCAAAUCAUUUCGUGAUGGGUYUCUUCGGGUUUUCCUCGGUAAACGAGAAAGUGCACCUUUAAGAUCCAGUGCAGCAAGGUUCCUUCGGCGUCCCGAUGCCUCAGACCAUACUUAUAGAAAUAAUGAUGAAAGUGAAUGUGGUGUGGUUCAACUAGACAGUGCUGUAAUGCGAGCUACGGGCGAGCCUUUCGACUUUAGGUCCUAA